AUAGAGGUUUCAGCUAACAAAUUAAAACUAUUUGAGUUGCACAAGUCUUUGAGUGUGAGAAAAAUGCCAGUUAACCAGAAGAUUCCAAGCUGGAUCGCCGUUCCGGCUGUUUUGGCCGUCUUGGCCGUUAUUACGUAUCAGAUACUCCUUGCGCCAGAUCAUAUAGAAGGCUCCAAAAAUAUACUGUCAACGGCUAAGACCAUUCCUCUCCCUAUUGAUGCACCGGAGAGCAUGAACUGGGAUCCAAAAGGAGAAGGCCCUUAUGUAGCCCUCACCGAUGGUAGUAUUCUUAAGUGGCGUGGCCAUGAUCUCGGCUGGGUUGAGUUCGCCUACACAUCUCCUCUCAGAGGGAAUUGUUCAAAGCACGAAGUAGUACCUUCUUGUGGAAGGCCAUUGGGACUUACUUUUGAGAAGAAAACGGGAGAUUUGUAUAUCUGCGAUGGUUACUUCGGGCUCAUGAAGGUUGGACCAGAGGGGGGCUUGGCCGAGUUAGUUGUUGGGGAAGCCGAAGGUCGUAAAGUUAUAUUUGCCAACCAAGGGGAUCUCGACGAAGAGGAAGAUGUAUUCUACUUCAAUGAUAGUAGCGACAAGUAUCAUUUCAGAGAGGUAUUCUUCGUAACUAUCAGUGGCGAACGGUCUGGAAGAGUGAUUAGAUACGACAAGAAGACAAAAGAAGCUAAAGUCAUCAUGGACAAUUUCCGGUGUAACAACGGUUUGGCUCUAAACAAAGAUCGGUCUUUUCUAAUUGUUUGUGAUUCCGCCACGGGCCUUGUCCAUAGGUAUUGGAUCAAAGGUUCUAAAGCUGGGACCCGAGAUAUCUUUUCACAGGUUCCUGGUUAUCCCGACAACAUCCGUCUGACACCAACGGGUGAUUUUUGGCUCGGCAUACAUUGUAAGAAGAACUUGAUAGGGAAAUUGAUGGUGAAUUAUAAGUGGAUAGGGAAGUUUUUUGAAAAGACGGCGAGUUUGGACUUUCUGGUUGGGUUGAUUAACGGAUUUAGGCCGCAUGGAAUCGCCGUGAAAAUCUCUGGGGAGACAGGGGAGAUCCUUGAGAUUCUUGAGGAUAGAAAAGGGAAGACGAUGAAGUAUGUAAGUGAGGCUUAUGAGAGAGAUGAUGGAAAAAUAUGGUUCGGGUCCGUUUUCCAACCUGCAGUAUGGGUUCUUGACCGCAAAUGAAUGUUUUAUAUAUUACGUAUUAUGGGGUUUUUACUUAAGCAACCGUACCAAUAAUGUGCAUCUUUGUGUUUUUUAAACAAAAACAUGUUUUAUUUAUGAGUGAAUUUGUCAGUAUGUAUAGUUUAAAUAAAUCUUAAGACCGUAUUAUUCUAACC